CCAUGGACCGGAAGUGGAAGGGAAGUGUCACGGGGCGCGCCGGGCCUUGCUCAACGCCGGCAGUUCCUGCCGUUGCCGUCGACCUCGGCUACUGCCGAGGCCUUUCGCAGCCGCCAUGUCCGCCAGCGCCGUCUACGUGCUGGACCUGAAGGGCAAGGUGCUCAUCUGUAGGAACUACCGUGGUGAUGUGGACAUGUCGGAGGUAGAGCACUUCAUGCCUAUCCUGAUGGAGAAGGAGGAGGAGGGCAUGCUGUCUCCCAUCCUGGCCCAUGGCGGUGUGCGCUUCAUGUGGAUCAAGCACAACAACCUAUACUUGGUUGCCACCUCAAAGAAGAAUGCAUGUGUGUCGCUGGUAUUCUCCUUCCUGUACAAGGUGGUGCAGGUCUUCUCCGAAUACUUCAAGGAGCUGGAGGAAGAGAGUAUCCGAGACAACUUUGUCAUCAUCUAUGAGCUGCUGGACGAGUUGAUGGACUUUGGCUACCCACAGACCACUGAUAGCAAGAUACUGCAGGAGUACAUCACUCAGGAAGGCCACAAGCUGGAAACAGGAGCCCCACGGCCACCAGCCACCGUCACCAAUGCCGUGUCCUGGCGCUCGGAGGGCAUUAAGUACCGGAAGAAUGAGGUGUUCCUGGAUGUCAUUGAGGCAGUGAACCUCUUGGUGAGCGCCAAUGGCAAUGUGCUUCGCAGUGAGAUCGUGGGCUCCAUCAAGAUGCGGGUCUUCCUCUCAGGCAUGCCCGAACUGCGCCUGGGCCUUAAUGACAAAGUCCUCUUCGACAACACGGGCCGCGGCAAGAGCAAGUCCGUGGAACUGGAGGACGUGAAGUUUCACCAGUGCGUGCGACUGUCACGCUUUGAGAAUGACCGCACUAUCUCCUUCAUCCCUCCUGACGGCGAGUUUGAGCUCAUGUCGUACCGCCUCAACACCCAUGUGAAGCCCCUGAUCUGGAUUGAGUCUGUGAUUGAGAAACAUUCACACAGCCGAAUUGAGUACAUGAUCAAGGCCAAGAGUCAGUUUAAAAGACGAUCUACAGCCAAUAAUGUGGAGAUCCAUAUCCCAGUCCCCAACGACGCGGACUCACCCAAGUUCAAGACAACCGUGGGCAGCGUGAAGUGGGUCCCAGAGAACAGCGAGAUUGUGUGGUCCAUCAAGUCCUUUCCAGGUGGCAAGGAGUACCUGAUGCGGGCCCACUUUGGACUGCCCAGCGUGGAGGCUGAGGACAAGGAGGGCAAGCCCCCCAUCAGCGUCAAGUUUGAGAUCCCCUACUUCACUACCUCUGGCAUCCAGGUGCGCUACCUGAAGAUCAUCGAGAAGAGCGGCUACCAAGCACUGCCCUGGGUGCGCUAUAUCACACAGAACGGAGAUUACCAGCUCCGGACCCAGUGAGGGGCUAUGGCCACAUCAGCCUGCCUGGCCUCAGCAUAUACCUGCCAUGUCCACCGAAGCCGCAAAGUGGCCCUGGACACUCAGCCACUCCCCCAACCCCUGCAGGCAGCAGGGACCUACAGAGUCUCUUCCCAGAUCCACUCGGACCAAGGGCGGCAAGGGCCUCCUAGCUUUCCCUGGGCACAGACCAGCCUGAGUGUCAGCUUUCGGUGCCACAUGCCUGGCUGGUCACUACCCGGGGACACCAGCCUCGCCCACGCCAAGGCAUCAUUUUGUUGCCAUUUUGUUGAGCAUGUUGGUCGUCGUUGUCUGUUGCUAUUCCUGUUACCUCUCUAUCCAUGUGUCCAGUGCAGCCACCAUGCAGCUCUUAGUGAGGACAGCUGUCCCCUCCCACACUGACCCAUUCCCAGAUGGCCACCCUGUGGAACCUUUGGUGCCACCCAGGGCCAGCUGCACCUCCACGCCAGCCCUCAACCACUUCAGUGUUUCCCAAGGGGACUUGGCCUCAGCCUGCCCCCAAGAGUGCCCGGCUGGGUGCCAGCCACCUGUGUGUGACAGUUACAUUAAAUUUCAUUCGUUAUACCUGA